CCCAUCUGGGCGGAUUCCUGGAUCAAGCCCGGCCUGGGGAUUCUCUGGGUGGACGAGGGGCGGUGCUGGCCAGAAAAGCAUCCCUGAUGGAAUGCAGCUUCUGUGAAAUGUCCGCCGUCUUCAUCCGCUCCGCCGACGACUCUCGUGAGCAAGCUAUUCCGAUUUCAGCCACCGAAAUCAUGCAAUUACGGUAUGGGCUCGACCUCGUGAGUCUCUCCUCCCUCAAGUUACUCGCUCCGUGGUGGAGAAUGACUGAUUCGGUGAUCUCAUUGCCGCUGCCGUUUUCCGCCGCCGAGUCAAUUAUGUCUCCACCGGAGAAGAGCAUCGGGUCCAAUACCACAGAUAUCGUAUCCGGAAGCGCUGCACACACAAAAUCUCGUAGAUUCCGGCCGUCUCCGAACAUUUGGUCGGUGGGUCUUUUGCCGGAAAACAGUUCCAGGAGGAGGAUUCCGAAGCUGAAGACAUCGCCUUCUUUUGCCACUAAGCUGCCCAUCCCAUACUCUGCCAUAUAACACAGUAAUUGCGGUAUCUUCCUCGACCGAAAGGAUCCUUGCUAUGCCGAAAUCACUCAGAUGAGCAGCCAUGGAUUCAUCGAGAAGCACAUUGCUUGGUUUCAAAUCACAAUGAACGAUUGGAGUUUCGCAGAGGUCAUGAAGAUAGUGUAGCGCGGAUGCUACGUCUAUCGCGAUGUUUAGUCUUUGAAUGAGGCUUAAACUCAGUGAACCAUCCAUGGGGUGCAACCACUUCUCCAAGUUCCCAUUCGGCAUGUACUCGAAUACCAGAGCUCUGAAUUCGCUGCCGUUGUUGUCCAAGCUGGAGCAGAAGGACACAACCCUGACGAGAUUCCGAUGCCUAAUGCUUCUCAGUGCAUUGCAUUCCGCCGCCAAGCUCUUACGACGCCAAAGCUGCCAGACCCAAUUAAACAAUCGGAAGAG